AUGGCAGACUUGCCUCAGAAAGUAGCUAAAUUAAGUAUCAACAGCAAAGAAAAUGGUGAUGAUGGCGGCAAACCCUCGUAUGUCCCACCACAUUUAAGAAGUAGGGGAAAACAAACAUUUGAGGGAACUAUCACCAAAAAAGAAGAGAAGGCCCCAGGUGGAGAUUUUUUUAGGCGUACCGGAAGGCAAGCUGGGGACAAUGGCGGUUUUUUUGGCUUUUCUAAGGAAAGAAAUGGAGGAGCGAGUACAAACUAUAACCGCGGAGGCAGCUCAGGUGGUUACAAGUCAUCUGGAAGCAGAUGGGUAGAUGGCAAGCAUAUACCUGGACCCAAGAAUGCGAGAUUAGAGGCCGAAUUGUUUGGCGUACAUGAGGAUCCAGAUUACCAUUCAUCUGGUAUCAAGUUUGAUAAUUACGAUGAUAUUCCCGUAGACGCGUCUGGUAAAGACGUUCCCGAACCAAUAUUAGAGUUCAGCUCUCCUCCUCUGGAUGCACUGUUAAUGGAGAAUAUCAAACUAGCUGGUUUCAACAAACCUACUCCAGUUCAAAAAUAUUCUAUUCCCAUAGUUACCAAAGGUAGGGAUUUGAUGGCAUGCGCCCAAACAGGUUCAGGUAAGACAGGUGGGUUUUUGUUUCCGCUGUUUACGGAAUUAUUCAGAUCUGGUCCCUCCCCAGUACCUGAGAAGGCUCAGAGCUUUUAUUCUAGAAAAGGAUACCCAUCCGCUUUAGUGCUUGCACCAACUAGGGAAUUAGCCACCCAAAUUUUUGAAGAGGCAAGAAAAUUUACGUACAGGUCGUGGGUUAGACCAUGCGUCGUCUAUGGUGGUGCGCCAAUCGGUAACCAAAUGAGGGAAGUCGACCGCGGUUGUGACUUACUGGUGGCUACUCCAGGGCGGCUGAAUGACUUAUUAGAACGUGGAAAAAUUUCUUUGGCCAAUAUCAAAUACCUUGUCUUGGAUGAAGCAGAUCGAAUGCUAGAUAUGGGGUUCGAACCACAAAUUCGCCAUAUUGUUGAGGAAUGUGAUAUGCCUUCCGUUGGAAAUAGGCAAACCUUAAUGUUUUCUGCCACAUUCCCGGUAGAUAUCCAGCAUUUGGCCCGCGAUUUCUUAGACAAUUACAUCUUUUUGUCUGUAGGAAGAGUUGGCUCCACUUCAGAGAAUAUCACGCAGAGAAUAUUAUAUGUGGAUGACAUGGACAAAAAGUCUGCGUUGCUAGAUUUACUGUCUGCGGAACAUAAGGGAUUGACAUUGAUCUUCGUUGAAACGAAAAGGAUGGCCGAUCAACUAACUGAUUUCUUGAUCAUGCAAAAUUUUAAAGCUACAGCCAUCCAUGGUGACCGUACACAGGCUGAACGUGAACGCGCCUUAUCCGCUUUCAAAGCUAACAUAGCUGAUAUUCUGGUUGCAACAGCUGUAGCAGCGAGAGGUUUGGAUAUACCGAAUGUCACACAUGUCAUUAAUUAUGAUUUACCCUCCGACAUUGAUGAUUACGUUCACAGAAUCGGUAGAACAGGCCGUGCCGGUAACACAGGUGUGGCUACUUCAUUUUUCAAUAGUAAUAACCAGAAUAUUGUGAAAGGCUUGAUCGAAAUUUUAAACGAAGCUAACCAAGAAGUUCCCACGUUUUUAAGUGACCUGUCAAGACAAAAUUCAAGAGGCAGUAGAACUAGGGGAGGUGGAGGUUUUUUCAAUAGCCGUAACAACGGUUCAAGGGACUACCGUAAGCAUGGGGGAAAUGGCUCCUUUGGAAGUACGAGGCCAAGAAAUACUGGGACAUCGAAUUGGGGUUCUAGCGGAGGUGGAUUUAGAAAUGAUAAUGAAAAAAGCGGCUUUGGAAAUAGCAAUGCUUCAUGGUGGUAA